GGUUUGUUAGCAGAAGCUAAUCCAGGUUAGCCUCGUCGUUUGGUUGUGCUAAGUAUGGUGUCCCGCAAACAGACGCGGGUGUGGAAGUACGUGGAGGAGGGCAGUUUGAUGAAACUGAAGUCAUACCUACGGAAACACCCGGACGUGGAUGUGAACUUUUCCCAGGGUAAGAGACAGAGGAGCCCGCUGCACCUGGCCUGCUGCCUGGGGGACGACGCUGUGCUACGGCUGCUGCUGAAACACGGAGCCGAUGUUCUCCAGAGGGACCACAGAGGAGACACGGCGCUUCACGUCGCGGCCAACAGGGCUCUGAAACACGGGAAAACAACGUAUGAUGACCUGGUGGUGCCUCUGAGAAAGCGCUGCCCUGAAGCUUUAAACGCCUCAAAUAGAGCCGGAGUCACACCGCAAGAUCUUCUGAACUGGAUGAAACUGCCAGGGGUAAAAGCUACAGAAAACGUAGGCUGUCCACGUGAAGCAGACCCUGAGAAGGAAUGGCUGGAGAAACUGUUUGAUGAAUGCGAUGAUGAAUUCUGUGAAACCUUUGGAGUAUAUGAUGCUGAUGAUUUUCUUCCCGUUGAUGAUGACGAGGAAGACUUUGGGGACUGGGCGGAUCGCAUCCGGAAGGAAUACUAUGAUAAAAAACACGCAGAGGCCCAGAGACUUGCAGCGUCAUCUUCUGGGUGGAAAAGAAGCAAAACUAAACAAGAAAAAGAAGACGAAGAGCGAAGCCGCAAGGAGCUGCAUAAGAGGCUGCAGAAGGAGCACGAGGAAUAUCUGGCUCGAGCAGCUCGUAAAGAGGAGGAGACUCGAUGUGGCAAGAAGCGGCGCUACGAUGAGAGGUGCGCGGCUACCUUUCAGGGUGGCUCCUCGGCAGAUAGCACGAAGCUGAGCUUCAGUGACAUCCCCUGGCCGACUCCGAGAGGUACGGUCCAGGAGAUGAUAGAGGUAAUGCUGCACGGUGUGGACCGAAAGGACGUGCCCACGUUUCGUAAAGCCCUUCGGAAGCAGCAAGCGCUGUGGCAUCCGGAUAAAUUCGCUCAGAGAUGUGAAGCUCGGUUGGUGGAGAAAGACAAACAGCGGAUCCUGGAUACGGUCACAGCUCUGUCACAGGAGCUCAACAGAUUGGCUCAGAGUCUGAGGACUUGAAAAUCACAGCAUGAACACGUCAGAUAUUAUAUGUGCUCUUCUGGAAAUCUUGUGUGAAAAGACUCACCGUCGCCUGUACUAACACUACCAAACGGAGGGUGCAAGCAGCAGCUUUUAGCUUGCAUGUGAAUUAACUCUUCUGAAUACAAGCAAAACUGCACUCAAUUCAUAUCCUGCAUUUAUAAAUGAUCAGAAGUUGCAGUCAUAUGUAUUGACUGAUGAAAAAAUCUCAUAUGGAAAAGAAAUUUUAAAAGAAUCACAGUAAAUUUGUAUAUUUUAUAUGUACUGUUAGACUAAGUGACCCCUUUUCACAGUUUUCCAUGCAACAUAAUUAUAAGAAUUAUGCUUGAAUGGUGUAAAUAUUAUGGGUUUUUUUUUUCCAUAUGGGAUAUCACAGUGUCGUGCUGAUGGAAAAGAAAAAGAAGAUGGAAAAUUUGGACCUUGUUUCAUAAAUAAAAUGAGCGAUCAGGAGUGUCCAGGAGACAUCUCUACAUAAGCUUUUGAGGAGUUCAAAGGUUGCACAGUCAUGACAUGUUGGUUUUUUUUUUUUUCUGCCCAUUUCCUCAAA